UAACUGCAUGAGCUUAGUAAACAUCAGCCUGAGUAGAAGUAUUACCUUACAUUUGGUAUUGUUAUAAUCAAUUACUGUUUAAUGCAAGUGUCUCUCCUUUCUUUACAGCAACAAAAGUAUUUGUUUCUUUGUCAGAACAUCACAAGCAUUCCCCCAUUGCCUCUCUCUCUCUAUCUGUUUCUUUGUUCUUCUCUUCUCUGCCUCUUUGUAAAUAAACAAAAAAGAAUACAAUGGCUGGCAACAAGUUUGCAACAAUGCUACAGAGAAACACCCACAAACUUACUGUAAUUCUAGUCUAUGCAGUUCUUGAAUGGAUCUUGAUUAUUUUGCUUCUCCUCAACUCUUUCUUUGCUUACCUUAUAACCAAAUUUGCCAACUACUUUGGCCUUAAGCCACCUUGUCUUUGGUGUUCAAGGGUUGAUCAUGUCUUGGAGCCUGGAAACAGCAACACCAACAACUCUUAUAGAGAUCUUGUAUGUGAGACUCAUGCUACUGAGAUUUCCAAGCUUGGUUACUGCUCGAAUCAUCGACGAUUGGCUGAAACUCAGAAUAUGUGCAAUGAUUGCUUGGCCUCUCGGCCAAAUGAUCAUAACGAUUAUGAGUCUGUUGGAAUGACAAGAAGGAUUGCUUUCAUUUCUUGGGUUAGCUGCAGGGAUACACUUGAAAAUGGUGACAAGAUGGUCAAGUGUUCUUGCUGCAAAGAGAGCUUGGACAGCAAUCUUUACCCUCCUUGUUUGUUAUUCAAGCCUUCUUGGAAAACUUUGAAGUAUACCCAGAAAGGAAAUUUGAUUAUAGAAGCAAUAGAUGAUGAUAACAAUGGAAGUGACCAGUGUAAACUACUAGACAAAGCUGAUAAUUUGGAAUAUUACAAUGCAGAUGGUAGCGAGAAUGGAAAAAAUGAUGGAGAAGAACUUCACAUGCUUUCUGAUAUUGGAAGUUUUGGCCUCAAGGAUUCAAUAGAGGAAGAGUGUUCAGGGUCUGAAUCGAACUUGCAGGGCGAUGAGAAGGAAGGUAAUGUUGAUCAGAAAGCCGAUAGACCUUCCAUUACAGAACAAGACUGUUAUGGUUUGAAUCUCGUUCAUCGAUCUUUUGAUGAAGAUAUCAUCCAGCAUUAUCUUGCUGAAGAUAAUUCUCUUAAAAUCAUAAACCUUCAGUUUCCAAGGGAUCUUGAAUGUGAAUUUAAUCGACUGAUCCCUGUUGAAUUAAUUGAUUCUUCAACGUUCGCGAAUCAUGGACCAUCCAUUUGCCAAGAAGAAGAUCUAGGAAAGUUGGAUGAUCAUCAAGAUGAAGCUUCUGAUAUUUCUUUGCAGAUAGAAACACAAGGUAACGUGUUUGAAAAUGAAGAAAAUACAAGUUAUGUAGAGGUUGAAAACAUCCAGAUAAAUGUGGAUGAUGGUGCGAAAUCUUCAGUUUUAAAUCUGAAGGAAAUGGGAAAGGAUCUUGUUAGCCACGCAUGUGAAAUUUCUCUGCAAACUGCUCAACCUCUAUCUACUGCUGUCGACAAUGUUGAACUAGCAGACAAGAAUGGAACAGAUGGUGUUGAAGCAGCUCUUGAAGAAGAAAAUAAUGACUUCAAAUUGUUGGUUGAUCCAUCCAACUCCAAGGCCACCAUAGAACUGUCUAAUCAUGCAACCAAUCAACCUCAAGAACAAGAUUCACCUCCUGCAGUGCAAAGUCUGCGAGAAAAUAACUCUACCACAAAUGGAAAUGAUGCCGAAAAUCCAAGUGCACCCGAUACAUACUUGGUUCAUGAUGAACUCGGUCCAAACUAUAAAGAAAGAACUUUCAUGGAAGCAAAAAUGUUUUCAGCUGAUAAGAACCAAGAAGCAAUAAACCAACAGUCGUCUGCACAUUCAGAAUCUAACGAAGUAGAGGAAGAAAAAUUCCCUGAGACGCCAACUUCUGUUGAUUGUUUUAACUACUUGCACAAGAAAUUAUUUGAGAAAAGAGAACCUGGGACAGAAGAGUCCUUGGACGGAAGUGUGGUAAGCGAGACGGAUGGUGGAGAUCCACUUCUAAGUGUUGAAAAGCUGAAAACAGCUCUUAAAGCCGAAAGAAAAGCUUUAAAUGCUUUAUAUUCAGAACUGGAGGAAGAGAGAAGUGCUUCUGCAAUAGCUGCAAAUCAGACUAUGGCUAUGAUAAAUAGGCUCCAAGAAGAGAAGGCAGCAAUGCAAAUGGAAGCAUUGCAAUACCAAAGGAUGAUGGAAGAACAAUCUGAAUAUGAUCAAGAAGCUUUACAACUUCUUAAUGAGCUCAUGUUGAAGAGAGAAAGAGAGAAGCAAGAGCUUGAAAAAGAGUUGGAAGUAUACCGUAAGAAAGUUUUGAAUUAUGAAGCCAAAGAGAAAAUAAUAAUGUUGAGAAAAAGCAAAGAUGGAAGUGUAAGGAGUAGAAACUCUUCUGCUACUUGCAGCAAUUCAGAGGACAUUGAUGAAUUAUCUAUUGAUCUUAAUCGCGAAGCAAGAGAUGAAGAUGGUAGCAUUUAUGGAAACCAAGACAGCAUUAACAUUAAUACUCCUGGUGAUGAAGCUAUAAAUUUGGAGGAAAUAGCACUAGAUUGUGUGAAGCAAAUAAGUUCCCUUGACGACUCAUUGGCUGAAUUUGAGGAAGAGAGGCUAUCUAUUCUAGAUCAACUCAAGGCACUGGAAGAAAGGCUAAUUGCUUUGAAUGACAAGGAACUGAUCAACGACAGAAACUCGGUCGGGAGUUCCUCAAAAUAUAGUGAAAGGGGGUUUGACGAAAGCUACGAAUUGAGCACUCCAGAGGAAAAUGGUAUUUCACAUGGGUUAUCAAAGGGUAAACAUUGCACUGAGAGGAAAACGAUGGGUUCCAUGGCAAAGAGCCUUCUUCCUCUUUUGGAUGCUGCUGAUAAUGAAACUGAAGAAGGGUUGAUAUUUGAGGAAAAUGCAGCAUCUGAGUUUGUUGAAAUGGAAAACUCUUCAGUUUCCAAUUUUGAAUUAGACAGCAAGAAAUUAGCCCUUGAAGAGGAAGUGGAUCACGUUUAUGAACGGCUACAAGCUCUUGAAGCAGAUAGGGAGUUCCUAAAGCAUUGUAUGAGUUCAAUAAAUAAGGGAGAUAAAGGGAUGGAUCUUCUCCAAGAGAUAUUGCAACAUCUGCGGGAUCUUCGGGCAGUGGAACUGCGGGUGAGGAACUUGAAUGAUGAUCCUCUGGGAUAAAGUUACACUUAAAACAACCAAGGCACAAAAGAUGAGAGAUACCUUUCUCAUGAUUGAGCAGGAGAACUUCAGAUUAAAAUGCAGGCCAAAGAAUUUGCGGAACUUUAUGUUUUCUGCAAAAAUCCGGAAAUCCCUGAAGGAGUGGGAAUUCCUGGAUUAUUUUGUUUGAAUUUCUGGAUCAUAUGCAGACUAAAAUACUGAAGUCUGCAUCAAGUUCUAAAUCAUCUCUUUUGGGUUUACUACAGGAGAAGUGUAAAGCCCAAAUUUUUGCAGUAUCUCCUCCAAGCAGCCUUUUCCAGGCAAAGGGGAAAGACAGAGGAGUGCAUAACUCCACCUGGUUUGAGUGUGUAGCUUAGAAUUAAACUCAGUUUCGUUCAAACUUUUUCUUCUUAUUUUGUUUUCCAGAGGGGAAAGGAAGGGGAAGGGAGAGGAGAAGAAGGGAUAACUCUUCCUUCUCUUGGUUUUCGCAUUGCCAAUAUCAUAUGGUUGCAGUAAUGUGUCAAUAUUUGUGAGCAUCAAAAUUCUCUGUUUGCAUUUACACUGUUAAAAGAAUUGUGAAUUCAAUAGCUUCCUAUACUUGAUAGCAGAAGUUAAAAACAUGUUCUGCAUCUUGCAGUGAAGAGUAGAAAUGCUCCGGUCACUAA